GCCCGCCCCACUCCGGCGGGGAUCUCAGUCCCCUGGCAAGGGAGGGCACACUGGGCAUGCGGGGCGGGCACGGCCAUUCUGGAGGGUGGCAGGAGCCGCCGGAGCGUUGUGUGGAUCGCAAGCCUGAGCGCGCAUUCUGAUUCCUCCCCUGUCGUUGGUAGCGCCCUGUGCGGGAGGCGGUGGUGAGCGGUGCAGCGGCGCGGCGGGCCCGCGGUGCCGGCGCCUUAGCGCGGGGCCAUGAGGCACCUGCCGUACUUCUGCCGCGGGGAGGUGGUGAAGGGCUUCGGCAGGGGCUCCAAGGAGCUGGGCAUUCCCACGGCUAACUUCUCUGAGCAAGUGGUUGAAAGCUUUCCACCUGAUAUCUCUACUGGUAUAUACUAUGGAUGGGCCUGUGUUGGAAACGGAGAUGUUCAUAAAAUGGUUUUGAGCAUAGGAUGGAAUCCCUUCUAUAAGAAUACUAAGAAAUCAGUGGAAACGCACAUUAUCCACACCUUCAAAGAAGACUUUUAUGGAGAAAUUCUUAGUAUAGUCAUAACAGGAUACAUUCGACCGGAAAAAAACUUUGAUUCCUUAGAUGCACUCAUUUCGGCAAUUCAGGAAGACAUUGAAGAAGCAAAAAGACAGCUAGAUCUACCAGAACAUCGUAAACUCAAAGAAGAUAACUUUUUUCAUCUGCCAGAAGGCAAAACAGUAAAUGAUAACUGAGAAAACCCAUGCAGCCUUUUUUCUUUUUAAUUUCUUUUUCUUAUUUUGUCCCCUGUCAUGGAGCUUUUAUGUUUGCACUGCUCUCUGAGAUACUUUUGUGUCAUAUGUUUGUUAGAUAACUGAGAUCACAACCAACCGUACAAGAUGAUAUCAAUUUUCUUUUGCCCAGUCAUACAAAAGAACUAGAAGGCUGUACUAUGUCCUUAUAGAUAAAUUGUGUAUCCUAAAGUUACUGGGUCUUUAGAGAUCUGAGCACAUUCAGAACAUGACCAAAGUUAAUUGUAACCCUAAGGUGUGGUUAGCUCAUUUAAUGAAGAAUGUCUGUUUUUAACAUAAUGUCAUUCCAGCUUAUUUUCCCAUUUUUUAUGUCAUUCUUAGAUCUGGAUUUUAGCUUAGAAAAUGUUGCUAUUGAUUGACUCAGAAAAUUCCUGCAGUUAGAUAUGAUUAGAUAACAAUAGCAAGAUUAAUUCUCUAUAGUUCUUGUUUUUUGUAUACUACAGCUGUUGUGGCUGAAGCUGUUAAUUUAAUUGAAAUUAUUUAUUUAAAGUUUAUUUGAAAUGGAAGAAAUCACUGUUGCUCAUUGUGUUGCUAGAAUCUGAGCUAUACCUCUUCACAGCUGACUGAAUUUAUGACAACAUGUGAUUUGUGUAGUUUAAUUCUGAAGAGGUGUUUCACUUAAUUUCAAAAAAUGAAUAAAAGUGUGAAAGUUUAUAAACUUUAAGGUUCAGGUGCAAAAGAUGCAGAAACAAUAUAACAAGACUUCUGCUCAUUGCACCUUAAAGGAAGAUAGGUAGUGAGACACAAAUUUGCAUUUUGUGUGCUGCUGGUAUUUUUCAUAGGAAAAUCUUGAGGUUAUUCACUGCACUGGCAGUAAAUGUCUGACUUCAAGGUUGGCAUUAUUGUAAGGCACAGAAAAAUCUCAUCAACACUCUGCACUAAGUGCAGGUAAGAGCCAAGGUUUUGGCAGACCCAGUAGAUGAAUACAAAUGAAAGCCUUUGGGGAUUUAUUGCAUAAUAUAUCAACUCUGUAGUGAAUAUUUGUUAUUUUUUACAAGUAGUUGCAGACAGUCCUACUCUGGAAUGUGGGGAUACAAGUGGGGGUUGGACUAGAUGAUCUCCGAAGAUCGCGUACAACCCUAACUAUUUUGUGAUAGAUAAGUGGAAGAAGUACUAUGAGUUGAUGGUAAUUUGAAAAAUACUUGCGAACUAUGUAAUACGUGAUUCAGUAUCUACUCCUCUUUUCCUGUGAUAAAUUUUUCUAUCCCUUGGUGAAUGGAACCAGGUUAGCUACAGUGACUGUCACAUUCAUAACUUUUUGACAUUGCUCUGUGAUGUGUCUGGCACAUAUUCUGAAAUUCAUAGUACUUCUUUGAAUAUGUCUCAGCUGUGAUUCUCUGUCUGAACUACGAUGUUCAAUAUGUAACGCACAAUUUCUGUAGUGAAAUCUGAUUAAUUUACUCCUUGUCCUGUUGUAUUCGAAUCCUACUUUUCACUCUAGAGUUUAAGAGAGUUUCAGCAAGGAAGCUCCUUUGGCUCUUUGUGGCAGGUGCUGUCAAGAUGAUAGUUUCACUUCAUAUUGUUUUAAAUUCUCGCUGGUAUCAUGGGCUGUUAUUAGGAUAGAGGUCUUGAGGAAAUCAAGGUCUUGUGUUUGCUCUUUAAGACUUCAGGAGAAAACUUGAUUUCUUUUAAAUGAAUUGUUCAUCAGUGCUGUUGAUAGCAGAGGCAGAUACAAUACAACUGGGAGAGAGGGACACGGGACAUGGGACAAUAUACUUUCUUUUCAAGAAGAAAAGUAAUUUAGUGGGCUUUUACUAAAUAAUGUGUUGGAAUGUAUUUCUAAAAAGUCUGUAAAAGAGUUGUCUUGCAAGAUCGAUGAUUGGAAUUUUAAAAAGGAGAGAUGAAAGGAGAAUUUUUUUUUGCAAAGAGUUUAUGCAUUCUUCAGAUUGUAGUAAUGUUAAAAUCAUACAUGUUACUACUCCUUUUAGAGAAUAAACAAAUGCCACGCUAGUCAACAGAAUAUGUUGUCAACAAUGGAUUGUUGUUUAUCAUGGUACUGUAGCUAAACACUCAUAGCUGCCUUUAAAGUUGAUUUUUGCCAGUAAUGUCAUGGGUCUGUUGUGGAAACUGGUGCCUUAAGCUGGUUCUGAAUAACACUUUUCUGUAUCUGGUAAUAAUUGCCACUACCAAAAAUUCAAUUCACCAUAGCUGUGCUAUGGAUAGAGAACAGUAGCAAAGGGAAAACUCGAAAGACUUAGUUCUCUCAAAUCCUGCCUGAGGUAUGAUAUAUGGAUACACUGAACUAAGAAACUGCUCUUUCUGUGUUUGUCUUCAAGUUAGAGUGUGUUACUACAUCCAUUUGCUGACCAUAUUAUUUAAGAGAAAAUGUUAUACAUCACUUUUUAAGCUCAAUACAUAAUUCUGAGCACAGUAUAAACUUUAUGAAGGAUUAUAUUUUUAUAUUAUGUACAAGUAGCUGUAUUUUGGUUGAUGUUGCUGCGCUGUACCAUUACUAAAGGAACUGUAAUCGACAAA